AUGGGCGGAAGCAACUCGAAGCUGUGCUGCUGUGGCCGCGGCCCGCGCCCUGCCGAGGACGAGGGCCAUGCUGAGCCCAAGUCCCGCGACGUGCAUGAGGCCACGGCCGCCGUCGACGGCCCGCUCGAGGACAGCGACAAUCUCUCGACGCCGCCGCAGAGUCCGCGCGUCGACGACGAGUCGCUCUCGCCGGCGAUCCAGUCGCGCCCGUCGCUCGUCUCGUCGCACCACUUUGCCGACAUUUACGCCCUCGACGUCGACCAGAAGCUCGGCGAAGGUGCGACCGCUGUCGUAUACGUGGCCACGAACAAGCGCAAUGGGAAGCGCGUCGCGGUGAAGUGCUUUGAGAAGGCCAAGAUGGCGCAGAACGAGAUCCGCGACCUCUUCAUGGAGGUGGGCAUCCUCAAGCUCAUGAAGCACAAGAACGUGCUGCAGCUGCACGACUUUUUCGAAGAGCCCUCGCACUUCUUCAUCGUCACGGACCUCCUCGAGGGCGGCGAGCUCUUUGACCGGAUCGUCGAGAAGGAGUUCUACUCGGAGAAGGAGGCGCGCGACUUGAUCAAGACGCUUCUGGACGCGAUCCAGUACCUCCACGACCUCAACGUUGUCCAUCGCGACCUCAAGCCCGAGAACAUUCUGCUCACGUCGCGUGGCGACGACACGUCCAUCAAGAUUGCCGACUUUGGCUUUGCCAAGCAGGACUUUGAAGGCAAGCUCACCGACAAGUGCGGGUCGCCCGACUACAUUGCGCCCGAGAUCCUCGCGCGGUCGUUCUACGGCAAGCAGGUCGACAUUUGGUCGGCCGGGAUCAUCACGUACAUCCUCCUCUGCGGCUACCCGCCCUUCUCGGGCAAGAACAACACGGUGCUCUUCAACAACAUCAAAUCCGGCCAGUUUGAGUUCGAGUCGCCCUACUGGGACGACGUGUCCAACGAGGCGAAGGCCUUUGUGCGCCGCAUGCUCGUGGUCGACCCAUCUGCGCGCGCGACCGUCGACGAGCUCCUCAACGACGUCUGGAUCACGGGCGAUGUCUCGGCCACGCCGCUCAACGGCGUCAUGGACGAACUGCGCCGCUUCAACGCGCGCCGCAAGUUCAAGGCCGCCGUCAAGACCGUGCAGGCCACCGUGUCGCUCCUCAACAACGCUCGCGCCCGGUCUGCGUCGACGCCCAUGACGCCGCCUGCCCCUAUGGGCUGCGGCUUUUCCUGCGUCCGGCGGCCAGCGGGCCUCGGCGACGACGACGGUGACAAGGACGUGACGGACGUGGCCUCCGAGGUGGCCACGGAGGUCGAGCGCAUGGACGACUCGAACGACGACCCGUCGCCGGGCUUCUUCCGCGAGCACUACACGCUCGGCGGCGUCCUCGGCGAAGGCAGCUACGCGAUCGUCAAGAAGGCGCGGUCGCAGGCGACCGGAAAGCUCUGCGCCGUCAAGAUCUUCAAGAAGGAGACGCUCUCGGCGCAGGACGACGCCGACAUCCUCUCCGAAGUCCGCAUCUUGCGCAAGCUCAACCACCGCAACGUGCUCCGCCUCGUCGACUUUUACUCGGAGCCCAAGUACUACUACCUCGUGACCGAGUACGUCGAGGGCGGCGAGCUCUUUGAGCGGAUCGCGCUCAUGGAGUACUACUCGGAGAAGGAGGCGCGCGACUUGGUCAAGACGCUCCUCGAAGCGAUCGCGUACUGCCACAGCGUCGGCGUCGUCCACCGCGACCUCAAGCCCGAGAACAUCCUCAUGACGUCCAAGGCCGACAACUCGGCCAUCAAGAUCGCGGACUUUGGCUUUGCCAAGCAGGACACGAACGGCCUCUCGACGACGUGCGGGUCGCCCGAGUACGUGGCGCCCGAGAUCAUCUCGCGACCGGACGCGACGUACGGCAAGGCGGUCGACAUUUGGUCGAUUGGCGUCAUCACGUACGUGCUCCUCGCGGGCUACACGCCCUUCCACGACCCGAACCAGAACAUCCUCUUUGACAACAUCGUCAACGGCCGCUUCUACUUUUACGAUCCGGACUGGAGCGAGGUGUCGCAGGACGCCAAGGACUUUGUCUCGCGCGCGCUCGAACUCGACCCCAAGGUGCGGCCGACCGCGCUCGACCUGCUCCAGGACCCGUGGAUCGUCGGCCAGAACGUCUCGGCGCGCAACCUUGUCAGCGUCAUGGAGAAGCUGCCGGACUUCAACAAGUCCCGGCGCAAGUUCAAGGCCGCGGUCCAGGCCACGAUGCUUGUCAACCACCUACGCGCGCGCGACUCGGACGUAUCGAAAGAUAUAUAA